AUGGCGCUCGCCGUCCUCGGUCGCGCUCCCCGCAAACACCAGGACUGUUUCGACGACAACGACGCCGCCAUCAGAAAUCUGCUUGCUGAGAAGAACCGCCUACACAAAGCCUACGUAGAUCACCCCAAUGAGGACAACAAAGCUGCUUUCUACCGCAGCCGCCGCCAACUUCAGCAACGACUGCGCCAGAUGCAGGACGCCUGGACUGCUCGAAAAGCUGAGGAGAUUCAAGGCUACGCGGACCGCAACGAAUGGAAGAACUUCUUCUCCGCUAUCAAAGCUGUCUACGGUCCGCCGACGAAGGGCACUGCUCCUCUCCUCAGCGCCGACGGCAGCACUCUCCUGACUGAGAAGACGCAAAUCCUACAGCGAUGGGCCGAGCAUUUCCGAGGCGCCCUCAACCGCCCCUCCGUCAUCUCCGACGCCGCCAUCGAGCGUUUGUCGCAAGUGGACACCAACGUGGACCUCGACCUCCCGCCAUCUCUCCAGGAGACCAUCAGGGCCGUGCAGCAACUCUCCAGGGGAAAGCACCCGGAUCGGACGCUAUCCCUGCUGAGGUCUACAAGCACGGUGGUCCCCGACCGAUGGAUCACCUGA